AUGAGCAAGCACGAGUAUUUCCUGCAGAAGGGUCUGCAGAUGCAGCGCCUCGACGAACAGAUUUCUUCCGCCCCCACGAGCGGAAACGCCUCGCGUGAAGUAGCCAAGUACCGCGAGCUCUGCCCUCCCGCCACCCCAGACAGUCAGAUCCAGAAGCUGAUCGCCCAGUGCAAGGGCGACACGCAGCGCAUGGAGAAUGCUAUCAGUGAACUGUGGGAAGACUACCGUGGCAAUGAUCAGGAUGCUUGGGCCACAGUGUCCAAGAAAGUGACGAAGAAGAAACAGGACCAAACAAACUACUCGUCGCAGCGUUCCUUUUCCAAGACACAGCUCCAGGACGAUCGUGCGGACGCACCGCAAGAUAGCGACACACAGGGCUCCAGAUCGUCGGAACGAUUCUCCACGCGUGGCCGUGGCAGCAUGAGAGGCCGAGGCAUGGCCUCUGCGCGGGGUGGCCGGGGAGGCCGUGGUGGCCGCGGUCGUGGUGGCGCUGUUGUGUCCACAGGCAGCACGCGUGUACCUCGAAACGGGGAAAAUGAAGAAGAGAGCCCGGAGAACGACAGCAAUUCUACUGACAGCUCCACUCCGUCCAACGAUACCCGGGUGCAGUCGUCUAAGACGGCCAAGGACUCAAAGAGGGACCGUGGCGCGAAGACUACCGCUAAAACGACCACUACGCAGCCAGCUGCUCAGGUGCCGCCUGUUGUUUACCCCGUGCUGACUGGCGCUUGGACGAAGAAGCUGAACGUUACCAGCGUCACCUCAACGCCGAAUCCUGUAGAAUCCGCUCCCACACCUGCGCCUGCACCUACAUCUGCACCUACAGCAACGCCCAAGACUGUGGAGAACCCCACCACUGCUGCUACAGAAACUGAGGCUGCUGUCGCUACGGAUGCCCUCAAGUCUGUGAGUCCGAAGAAGAAGACUCAGCAGGAAAAGAAGAGCAAGAAGACACAGAAAUCCAGCACUACUAAAGCAGUCGAGGAGGCUAUUGCUGUUGUUGAAAAGACUGAAACUGUGAAGGUCGUGGAGAAGGUGGCAAGUCCUAAGGCUUCGCCGAAGAAGACGGUGGAGAAGAAGACAAAGACCGUGGAUACGACUGUGGAGACCACUUCCUCGAACAUUGCUGCUGGAUGGGGCUCCCUGGAUGUUUCUACCUCGACUAUGACCGAGUGGUCUUCGUCUGCCUCUGCGGCUACCACUGAGCCCAAGAAGGUGUCAACUCCGAACGCAUGGGGACGUGGCAGCCCCGUCCUUUCGCCCCCUGCUAGCAAGCAAGCCGCUACACCGAAGUCUCCCGUUGCUGACGCUAGACCGACCGUUGUUCCGGGCUCACCGAAGGACAUUGAUGCACCUCGCUCAUCUGGAUCGGCGUCAACCAGUCCUCGACCGUACCUUAAGAUGGGCAAGUGGGAUAGUGCCGCUACGCCGAAUCUGUCGCUUCAGUUUGGCAGCUUCUCACUGAAUGGCGUGGAAUCGCUGGAGCCUUCGUCAGAGGUUGGCUGGGGAUCGACGACCACAACGACCAUGACGUCUAACUCGAGCACUGGUGGCAAGACUGUCACUAAGACCACUACAACUCAAAGCGCUUGGGGGGCUACCCCGAAGGCUUCGUCGCCCAAGAAGACAUUGUCUCCUGAUCGCAACGAGCAGCCCCAGCGUGCACAGGAAGCAAGUGCCAUGAAGGUCACUACCUCUGCUCCUCCUGGACUUUCGGUGGACUCGGGGCGUGUGACGCCUACCACGGGACAGUCGCCUCGCUACGCGCCUUCGGCCCCUUCGCCGGCGUCUCUGCCUAAGCCUGACGAAGUCAAGCGUGGUACCCCCACUCGUGCCCAGGGAGGUCCGUUUCAAGCUCAGGGAUCAGCAGCCACACAGACGAACAAGAUGAACAUUGGCUACGGCACAGGUCUGUACCAGGCGUCGUAUGGGCAGUACUCGAUGGAUCUUGGUCGUCCUGCGGCCACGUCGACCCCGGGUCAGCUUCCCGCCGGAUCCGGAACCCCAAAGAGCACUGGCGCCCGCGGCGGAGCUGCUGCUCAGGUCGUUACGCAGUCGCCGUCUCGUGGACCGCAGCCCGUAGCUCAGAUGCAGCAGAUCCCUCUGCAACAACAGGCUCAGCAGCAGCAGGCUCAACAGCAAACCCAGCAGAAGCAGGUUCAGCAGCAGACUCAACAGCCUCAGCAGAACCAACAGAAUCAGAGUCAGCAGCAAACGGCGGCUCAGAUGCACCAGCAGGCUCAGGCCGGCAUGCAGCAGGGCUACCAUUACGCCCCGCCUCCCCCGCCGGGUAUGGCGCUGCCAUACAACCCGUACAACUACGCUGGCUACUACCAGGGCUACGGAUACUACCAGAACCCGCAGUUUGCCCAGUACAGUCCGCGUACGCAGUAUCCUCCGCGCGGCAACAUGCCGUAUGGAGUAGAGGGCCCCGUUCCCGGUUUCUCGAAUCCUCCUAACAUGCCGUACCAGGACCAGCACAUGAUGGCGCAGCAGCACGAGUACGCUGGUGCUGUUCCUCAGGGCUUCGGUGAGAUCAACGCAGCAUACAUGCAGCAGGCGCCGAUGCAGCAGCAAGGUGGCCACCACGGCCACCACAGUCACCAGAAUGGCUCACAGAGUCACGGCAAGGGAGGCUCAGGCUCUGGUGCUGGAGCAUCCGGUUCACAGCAGUCGCACGGCCAGCGCGGUAAUGCAAGCAUGCAGGGCUACCAGAACCCUGGAGGCCGUGACCACGUGUCGCCGCCGGUGCCUAACGCGUCGGCAGCCAUGACUGGUUCGUACGGCCAGCACUACGGCUGGGCCGGCAACUACGGCGCGCAGCCUGUGGGUGGAUGGGGCCACAUGAUGCCGCAGGGCUACCAGCAGUCUCCGUCCCAGCAACAACAGGCCCCUCAGCAGCAGCAACAGCAGCAGCAACAGCCGAACGCGCACCAGCAGAGCUACCACCAGUACGGCAACGGCGGUGCGCAGGGUGGCAACAACGCGAACGAUGUGAACCAGGCGCGCUGGAGCAGUUCGUAGAGGCCCACAUGCAUUCUGCGCCCCGGCUGGCCGACUGCAGACGGGAAGGAACCGUGUGUCGUGUGACCUAUCGCCACCAUAUUCUUAGCUAGGUAUUGCAGAACGGAGGGCAUCUCUACUGUGCCAGUAGCGGCACAGUGAAGGAGGGAGGACGAGAAAAUGAUACGAGUUGAAGUUGUAUGACUAAGAGACGAAGAGUUCAUCGGU